AUGGCAUCGACCUUUCACAGCGUGCUACUCGCGCUGCCCGAGCUUGCGGCCAUUGUGUUUGAGUUUCAGUUUGGCGUGUACGCAGACGUGCGCCCGGUCUUCCGCGCCUGCAACGACCUCGUUGAGUUCGACGCCGUGCACAACGUCUACGACUGCGACGCUUCCUUCCAUUCGACGUUCGCGCCAGACCGUCUGGCGCCUAUGGCGUCUGGCCCAGACGCCAUAGGUCUUACGCAGUGGAAGCCCACCGACUGCGCUCUGCACAUGCGUCAGCGCGACGACCGCCUGCCGCUGCACCUCGCCAUCGCUCAUGGCUGCGAGCACCUCGCCCAGCGCAUGCUGCGUUGCCGCCCGGACCUCGCGUCCGACGACGCGAUCCUGCUGGCCUUGCAUAAGAAUCGCCUCGAGAUCGCAGAGCUUCUCUUGAAGCAGCGACGCGCCACUUCCGCGCUGGACUGUUUUCCGUGGCUCCACGACCACUCCGUCUUGGACGACGUCGCAGGACGAGGCUUCCUCUCUCUUGUUCAAGCUCUUCACGAACGCGGUGUCAAGUGCUCGACAGACGCCAUGGACAAGGCGGCUGGAAACGGCCAUCUCGACGUCGUUCGAUUUCUGCAUGCGCAUCGCAGCGAAGGCUGUACGGAUAAGGCCAUGAGCCAAGCGGCGACCAACGGGCAUCUCGAGGUCGUUGAGUUCCUCCACGCAGCUCGCACGGAAGGCUGCACGGUCGAUGCGCUCGACGGCGCGAUUCGCCAUGGACACCUCGACGUCGUCCGCUUCCUCGUUGAGCACCGAACCGAAGGUGCAUCGCCCGAUAUUCUCGACUUGGCUGCGACUUUUGGUCACCUCGACGUCGUUCAGUACCUCCAUUCUCGCGGCUCGUUUGGCUGCACUGUUAACGCCGUCGACAAAGCCGUGAUGGGCGGUCAUCUGGGUGUCAUCCAGUUCCUCUUGACGAACCGACGCGAAGGUUGCACCCGCGACGUUGUCGUUCGAUGCGCGCUCGAGUAUGGGCAUUUGCAAGUGGCAGAGUACUUGCUAUCGCUCGGGUACCCCUGCCCGACCUCGCACCCGAGUAUGCCUCGUCUCCUACGUCUCUUCAUCGACAAUGGCGGGUCCUUGGACGGCAAGUGGAUGCAAAGUGCAUGCGCCGAGAACAACCUGCUCUUGGUUCGGUUCCUCCACGAGCACUCGACCGCUUGCUAUAGCCCUCAAGCGCUCGAGGCGGCGAUCCAGCGCAGCGCGUGGGACGUUGUACACUUUCUCUUGGCCAAUUCUACGGUCAGCGCCUCCAACGCAGUUUUACUGGCGGCAGUGCGCGCCGGCAACCUAGAGGUCGUAUUGCAGAUCCUGCGGCGUCACCCAGCGCUCCGAAAGAAUUACAAGCUGCUUUUGGAGGCGUCGAGGCACCACCACACCGGAACGACCCGGUACCUCCUCGCGGCAGGCAUCGGCAAGCCUCGCGACUGUCUCAUCAAGCUUGCGGGUCGUCGACAGCACGUGACGGCGAGCAGACUCCUACUGCCAUACUGCAUGGACGCAACCAACCACCUCGGCAACAUGGUAUUUCUUCUGGACCUUAUUGCGUUGCCAGGCCGCCGCCGCGCAAGGAUGCUCCAGUUGAUCACACCCGAGCUCACGAACCAAGGACGAAAGACCCACGAAACGGUCCCGAUGGCUCCGAGCUUGGCGGCGCGCACUACGACUUUGCAGUCGGCGGGCGAGGUCGUCGACUGGGCCCUAGCACUCGUGAUCGGACAUCUCUGGGCAACCGACGGGACGGUCACUGGCGAGCGACUCACAAAAUGGCUUGGAUUCGUCAAUGAUGAGGAGCUCAGCGCGCAGAUUUCGCGCCUGCUCUCAAGCAAGCGCAAGCGCUCGCCCAGCAAUUCGAAUUAAGAUAGCCGAUUGGAUUCAUGGUGGCGCCUUCCUUUCACCAAACUUUCUUCUUCGCUUUAAACCUUUACCAAAUGCAUCCAAAGGCUGCC